AUGACUUCCGCCGCCCCCAAACGCGUUGCAAUUAUCGGUGCUGGGCUCACUGGGCUCGUGGCUAUUAAGGAGUGUCUGUCCGAAGGUCUCCCAGUCCAAUGUUUCGAGAACUUAGGCCAUAUCGGCGGCCAGUGGGCCUACACUCCAGACACGCCCGAGGAUGUGCACUCGUCCAUGUAUCAUGGCUGCAUCCUCAAUUCAGCCCGUGACACAUCGAGCUUCAGUGAUUUCCCUCUAGACCCAGCACGAUACCCUGACUACUUUAGCCAUACCUUGCAGCUGAGGUAUCUCAAGGAGUACGCCACCCACUUUAAAGUCGAGAAAUAUAUCCGGUUCAACACGAAAGUGCUGGAGUGCGUACCCGCGUCCGAAGGGGGGUGGACUCUAAAGGUGCAAGAGAACGGGCAGCCCGAGGAGCAGCACCACUUUGACGCGCUCGUGUGUGCAUCAGGCCUGUUGUCGAAGCCGGUCACUCCAGACUUUGCUGGUCGUGACAGCUUCAAAGGCGAGUUCCUGCAUAGCCACUACUACAGGACUCCAGGUCCAUUCGAGGGCAAGCGGGUAGCCAUUAUUGGACUCGGGAGCUCUGCCGUGGAUAUUGCAUGUGAGAUUGGGCCACAGGCGAAAGAGUUGCACCUCAUCACGCGACGUGGGGGCUGGAUUCUCCCGCGCUACGUCCUCGGAAAGCCCCUUGAGGCUUGGGAUGACCGAGCCACCCAAGUUUGGCUUCCUCAUAAUGUUAGUGAAUGGCUCCAGGCGAAGCUUCUCGACAUUGUUGGAGGUAAACACCCCAAAGAACUCCGGUGCGACCACGGCCUCCUCGCGCAGAACCCCGUUAUUCGAGGCGACUUCGUCGAAAAGGUUCGCACAGGCAUCGUCAAGGUCCAACGGGCUAGUGUGGAGGCCGUGACCGAGACCGGCCUCUCGCUUUCCACCGGUACUCAGCUUGAUGUCGAUGUCAUCAUCUGCGCCACGGGCUACAAUCUCACCGAACUUCCCCACCUGCCCAAGGAUGCUGUCGCCAGCCGGGAGCUUCCCGCGCCGCACCUCGAUCUCUACAAAUGCUUCGUGUCACCAUACUAUGACAACCUCUAUGUUCUCGGACGCGUCGAAGUCUUCGGCCCGGUCACCUCGGCGUCCGAGGCACAGGCUCGCGUGAUGGCGGCGAUGGUAUCUGGGAAGCUCUCAAAGCCAAGCCACGAGGAGAUGAUGAAAUCCAUCCGGAAGCGCAGGGCCAAGCAAUCCCACCUCAUCAAAACUCCGCGUCAUUUCCUUACAGUCCACUCAGUUGAGUACAUCGACGAGGUCUUAGCCCCACUAGGAUGUACCCCGUCCGUGGGCAAGCUCCUUGGGCGAAUGUUCCGGGGCAAUCCUAUCCGUGCCUUGAGCGUCUUCAAGGCCGUCUACUUUGGCAUCCCGAGUAGUAGCCAGUGGAGGCUCUUAGGUUACGGAAACAACGAGAAGCUUGCCGAGGCCACCGUGCUGAGAAUCGCACACGGCAAGGAAAAGCUGUCCAAGGUCGAAGAGGAGAUUCUCGGCAUUACCACCAUACCAUAA